UUGAUUCUUCAAUAAUUCUAAAUCUAAAUUCUAAGCACAUUAUAUAGACUCACCCCACAAAACGACUAUAAACACUUUCCCUUCUCCUUCGCCACCCCUCCCACCACCUUCUCUGUUCACAGAGAAAAGGGAAGAUUCAGAAGAAACUGUAGGCAACAAUGGCGAAAGAGAAGAAACUGUUUGUUGGUGUAUUAGCGAACUACACAGCUGAGCUCAAGCUUCUUCUCACAACACUUCUGGUUCUUUGUUCUAUCGCCACUUUUCUUCAGUUCAUCCCUUCUCGCUUCACCAUCUCUGCUUCUGAUCUCCGUGUCUGCAUCUCACGCGUCUCCCAACCCCAAGACCCACCACCUUCUUCUUCUUCUAGUGAAUCCUCUGCGUCUACCCAGUUAUCUAGAUUGCUUUCUGUUCCACCGUCUGUGCAGCCGCCAGCGUCACCACCACGGCCGGCCUCCGAUGAUGGAAUCAUCAAGCGGGAUUUUAAUCCUUAUGGUUCUGCAGCUUACAACUUCGUCACCAUGGGUGCUUACAGAGGAGGUCUGAACACAUUCGCUAUUGUAGGUCUCUCUUCCAAGCCGCUCCAUGUCUACGGCAAGCCGACCUACGAGUGUGAGUGGGCCCCGCGCGUGAACACGACCGCGAAACCCGUCACCACCGUUGGGUACAAGAUGCUUCCAGAUUGGGGCUACGGCCAUGUCUACACGGUGGUGAUCGUGAACUGUACCUUCUCGGAGCCCGUCAAUGUUGACAACUCCGGCGGCAAAUUGUUCCUCUACGCCGCCACUUCCGGCGGCGGUGACGCCAGUUUCAACUUCACUGAUAGAAUGGAGGUCCUCACGGAGUCGCCGGGAAGUCUAGACGUUUCCAUUUUCACCUCGAAGCCCAAGUACGAGUACUUCUACUGUGGAUCGUCGUUGUACGGAAACUUGAACCCUCAGAGAGUUAGAGAAUGGAUCGCUUACCAUGUGAGGCUCUUCGGACCCAGAUCUCACUUUGUGAUACACGAUGCAGGUGGGGUCCACGAACAAGUGCUUGAGGUUUUGAAGCCAUGGAUGGAAUUGGGGUAUGUGACAUUGCAGGAUAUUAGAGACCAAGAGAGAUUUGAUGGGUAUUAUCACAAUCAAUUCAUGGUGGUGAAUGAUUGUUUGCAUCGAUACAAGUUUAUGGCCAAGUGGAUGUUCUUCUUCGAUGUUGAUGAGUAUAUUUAUGUGCCACCUAAAAGCACAAUCAAAACUGUGCUCGAUUCGCUUUCUGAGUAUUCUCAAUUCACCUUCGAACAGAUGCCCAUGAGCAGUAAGAUUUGUCUCUCUGAAGAUUACGGCAAAACUUACAGGAAAUGGGUAUUCGAGAAACUGGUGUACAGGGACGUGAAAAGAGGCAUAAGGAGGGAUCGAAAGUACGCGGUGCAACCUCGUAACGUGUACGCAACAGGUGUUCACAUGUCGCAGAACUUGGCAGGAAAAACAACGCACAAAACAGAGGGAAGGAUUAAAUACUAUCACUACCAUGGAACCAUAGCCGCGAGAAGAGAGACCUGUAAAAUGCUUGUGAAUUCCACAGAACUCAUGCACGAGAAGAUUCCUUAUGUGUUGGACACCACCAUGAGAGACAUUGGUGGUGUCAUCAAGAAGUUUGAAACCAGGAUGAUUGGAUCCAAGUUACAGAACACUCACCAAUAGUCAGGAUUAUGAGUACUCGCCCACUCUUCUUUUUUCUUUUUCUUUUUCUCUCUCUUUUUUUGAGGUAUAAAUAUAUGAUUUGACUUUGUUAUGGUAGAGUAGAAAUUCGUUCGGAUAUUUUUCUUUUCCCCCUUUUUUCCCUGUAUGUUUUUUUUUUUUUUUUUUUUGGUUAUAGAUACAGAUGGGGUAUAUGAUAUUGUUUCAUUCGUGAUAA